AUGGACGUUGUCGUUGAAGGCAAUCCCAUUCUCCAGCCAUUUGUGUUUCCGCCUUACGAUGUUGUUGAACCCAAACACGUGCGACCUGCCAUUCGUACACUUCUUAAUAAACUGGAACGUGAUUUAGAGCUACUUGAAAGGAAUGUGGAACCUUCAUGGCCUAAAUUGGUUGAACCAUUGGAGAUAAUUCUUGAUCGCUUGAAUGUUGUUUGGGAUAUGAUCAAUCAUCUUAAAGCUGUUAAGGAUAAUGCUGAUCUCCGUUCAGCCAUUGAAGAUGUUCAGGAAGAAAAAGUUAAGUUUCAGGUUAGACUGGGCCAAAGCAAGCCUAUUUAUAAUGCAUUCAAAGCUAUUAAAGACUCUCCUGAUUGGAACAUACUUAGUGAUGCUCGCAGGAGAGUUGUUGAAAACCAAAUAAAGGAGGCAGUUCUUAGUGGUGUUUCUCUUGAAGAUGAUAAAAGACAACGGUUUAGCAAAAUUGAACAGGAGCUGGAAAGAUUAUCAGAAAAAUUUCGGGAGAACGUUUUGGAUGCAACCAAACAGUUCGAAAAGCUCAUUAAAGAUAAGAAAGAGAUUGAAGGAUUACCUGCUACUGCUCUUGGGUUGGCUGCACAAACUGCAGCAUCCAAGGGGCAUGAAAAUGCCACCGCUGAGAAUGGGCCAUGGGCAUCUAGUGGAGAUUUGGAUAAUACUGGACUAAUUGAGCAAAUUUUAAAGCUUAGGUUGGAAAAGGCCAAGCUUCUCAACUACAAUAACUUUGCUGAGGUUAGCAUGGCAACCAAAAUGGCAACUGUUGAUAAAGCAGAAGAACUUAUAGAAAAGCUUCGUAGAGCCUCCUGGGAUGCUGCAGUACAAGAUCGGGAAGACCUUAAGAAAUUCACAAAAGACCAGGGUGCAUUGGAAGCUGAUGAUUUGACACAUUGGGACAAUUGGUUUUGGAGUGAGAGGCUUCGUGAAUCAAAAUAUGACAUUAACGAGGAAGAACUGCGUCCGUUUUUCUCAUUGCCAAGUGUUAUGAAUGGACUCUUUGACCUUGCAAAAACACUUUUUGGCAUUGAAGUUGAGCCAGCUGAUGGUCUAGCUCCGGUUUGGGAUAAAGAUGUUAAGUUCUUUCGUGUUAAAGAUUCUUCAGGUAGUCCAGUUGCGUAUUUCUAUUUUGAUCCCUACAGUCGUCCUUUUGAAAAAAGGCAAGGCGCAUGGAUGGACGUAGUUGUUUCUCGUAGUCGUGUACUGUCACCAGAUGGUACCUCAUCAAGGUUGCCUGUUGCCCAAUUGGUGUGCAAUCAAACACCUCCAGUAGGAAGCAAGCCAAGUUUAAUGACAUUCUCUGAGGUUGAGACUGUAUUCCAUGAAUUCGGUCACGUACUUCAACAUAUACUUACUAAGGAAGACGAGGGUCUAGUUUCUGGUAUUAGGGGAAUAGAGUUGGAUGCUAUUGAAUUACCUUCUCAGUUUAUGGAAAACUGGUGUUACCAUAAAGAGACUUUAAUGGGCAUUGCUAAACAUUUUGAAACUGGGGAGGCUCUUCCAGAAGAAGUAUAUUUGAAGCUUGUUGCUGCUAGAACUUAUUGUGCUGGCUCUCAAGGUCUUCAACAGUUAAAUAUUGCAACUGUAGAUCUGGAUGUCCAUACAAAAUAUGUUCCUGGGGGACCAGAGUCCAUCCAUGAUUUUUACCACAGAAUAUCCAAGAAAAAUCUAGUGACUCCUCGAUUGCCAGAGGAUAGGUUCCUUUGCAGGGAUUUUCAUAUGUUUGGAGGUGGAUAUGCAGCUGGAUACUACAGCUACAAGUGGGCUGAAGUGUUGUCUGCAGAUGCUUUCUCUGCAUUUGAGGAUGCAGGGUUGGAUGAUAAAAAGGCUGUUAUAGAAAUGGGUCGCAAAUUCCGGGAGACUGUUCUUGCUCUUGGAGGUGGCAAACCAGCGCUGGAGGUGUUUGUGCAAUUCCGUGGGAGAGAACCAACACCAGAUGCAUUGCUCAGGCACAAUGGCAUUGUUGCAGCUCAUUGA